AUGCAAAAAUUAUAAGUACCUUCAACUAUUGCUAAAAAAUAUACCUAUGUUUAAGACAUAGAUAAUGGAGCUUAUGGAAAAGUAUGCCUUUACAAAAAUAAAGAAGAAAGCCAUUUUGCUUUGAAAAUUUUUAAUGAAAAUGGCUUCUUUAAAUUUCAAGUUGAAAAGAAAUGCUUGCUAGAUCUUUAACUAAAAAAUAGAGAUAAAAUUUUAAGGAUCCCUUAGAUUUAUUACGAUGGUAAUUAUACUUGUUAGAAUGAUAGAGAUGAAAAACUUACCUAUAUUGUACUAGAUUAUCUUCCUCAUUCUUUGGAUAACUAUUACACUACAAAAAUAUUAAAUAACAUAUAAGAUGAUUUGCCUAAAUUGAUAACUUAAAUCGUCACAAUAAUAAAACAACUGCACAAGUUUGGCUAUCUUCACAGAGAUAUAAAGCCAGAUAAUUUCAGAGUUAAAGAGCCAAUAUAAAAUGAGGAUUUCUAGAUAUAUCUAAUCGAUUUUGGAUCUGCAAAUUGCAUUUAAUUCUUAGUUGAAGAUUCCAAUUAGUUUUAAGAUAAUGUUGGUACAUCCGCAACAUCCUCUAUAUUUACAACAGACGAUAAAGUAUCUCUAGAAGGAGAUGAUUUAAUUUCAGCUCUUUACACAAUUUUAAUUCUCAUUGAAUGUGAAAAUGUUAGCUGGAUUGAAGAUUGUAAAGAGGUCUAAGGAAGACCUACUAUUGACUAAAAAUAAAAAAUUAUAAAUCAUAAGUCUGCUCUAAAUGAAGAAUAAUUUUAAAAUUAAUACUGCUAAAGAGCCAUUUGUGUGAUAAAGUAUCAUGAAAAUCUAAGAAACACUAACCUUCAAAAAUAUUAAAGUGGCUUAGAGUUACCAAGAAUUAUCCUGAAUAUGCUCAACUAGCUGUAAUCAAAGACUAGGGUCAAAAAAUGA